GACCCGUCCGACGCGCUCGCGCCGUUCCUCGCGAAGCCGUUCGCGCGCGGCGACGUCCGCGUCGCCGUGACCCCCGCCGCGCCCGCGGACCUCACCGCGGAGGAGAAGAAGUGGAUGUGGAGCCUGCUCGAGGCGAACAUGAAGCCCGUGUACGAGGCGUCGAAGACGUGGGCGACGGAGGCCAGGGACAAGAGGCGCGAGAUGGGGGAGGAUGAGACGAGGUACCUCAUCGCUCGCGACGCCUCCGGCGAGAACGCGGACCCGAACGCCGCGUCGCCCGCGGCGUCGUCGUCGUCGUCCGCGCGAUCGCCGCCGUUAGGGUUCGUGCACUAUCGCUUCGUCGUCGAGGAAGACGUCGCGGUGUUGUACGUCUACGAGCUUCAGUUCGACGCGGCGGCGCGAGGGAGAGGGCUGGGACGGUUCCUGAUGAUGCUGUGCGAGGCGCUCGCGAAGAGAGCCGGCGUCGACGGCGUCAUGCUCACCGUGCAGAAAGCGAACGAGGGCGCGAUGAAAUUCUACGCCAAGGCGAAGUACGACGUGUCGAUCGUCUCCCCGUCCAAGGUUGACCCGUGGGCGAGCGACGAGUACGAUUACGAAAUCAUGGCGAAG